AUGGCUCUUCAAACUUUGUUGAUCGGUACUGGAGGCAUUGGUGCUGUUGUAGCUUACGGAAUCUAUAUUAAUGGUACAUCUGAGUUGAGUUUAGUUGUGAGAAGUGACUACCAGAAAGUUAAAGAUGAGGGAUUUCGGAUUGAUUCUGUUGAUUACGGUGCGAUUGAUAGCUGGAAACCUAAACACUUAUAUCAAACGGUAGACGAAGCAGCCACGAGUGAAAUUGAGUACGAUUUUGUGGUUGUUGCAACAAAAAAUAUUGCAGAUAUAAUCAAAGUCGAGGAUUUGAUUGAGCCAGUGGUAACAGCCGGAAAGACGGCAAUAGUUUUGAUGCAAAAUGGUUUUGAUAUCGGUAAACCAUUAUAUGAGAAAUAUCCCAAGAACGUUAUUAUCUCUGGGGUAUCUCAUUGUGGUUCUCACAAUAAAAAUGGCUUUAUUAAACAUGCGCAACAUGACAGGGCUAAGAUCAGUUACUUCAACAAUCCUGGUCUCCCUGAAGAUUUGCAAGAAAGAAGUACAAAGGCCUUUAUUUCAAUCUACAAAAAUGAGAAAAAUGAUCCCGAGUACUUUCCCGAUGAAAGAUGGUACAGAUAUAGAAAAUUGGUCUAUAAUGCGUCCUUAAAUACUGUUUGUGCUUUGACCAAUGUAGAUACAGGUAGACUUCAGUUAUGGGGCGGCUUGGAUGAAAUCUCAAUUCCGGCAAUGAAAGAAGUCGUUGCAAUCGCCAAGGCUGAUGGCUGUGAAUUGCCUGAAGAUGUCGUUAAUGUUGUUGGUCACGGAGAUGAUGGAAUUUAUUUUGUGCCUUCAAUGCUUGAUGACGUCCGAAAGGGCAAUCCCGUAGAAUUGGAAGUCAUUUUAGGCAACGUCAUCAAGGUAGCAGACGAUUUACAAGUAGAGGCUCCCAUAUUGAAAGUGCUAUAUGCUUUGUUGAAGCUCAAACAAAUGACAAUUAAAGAACAAAAGGGUUAUAUCUCGGUAUCAGAGCAAAGACCUCCGAAUUUGAAAUAUUAUACUUAG